AUGCCGCUUCCCCAGAGGGUGCCGCUCGCACGCUAUCUUUUCACGCGGCUUUCCCAACAAAAUGUCAAAUCCCUGUUUGGUGUCCCAGGGGACUUUACCCUGAGGGCACAAGACUACGUGAAGCCUGCAGGUCUGAAGUGGAUUGGAAACUGCAACGAGCUCAACGCCGGAUACGCAGCCGAUGGCUACGCGCGAACGCAGGGUCUCGGCGCCCUGAUGACUACGUACGGUGUCGGCGAGUUGUCGGCCCUAAACGCCAUCGCGGGCAGUUAUGCGGAGCAUGUGCCCGUUGUGCACAUUGUCGGCACGCCUGCGACGAGAUUGCAGAAGAGGAUGAGCCACAUGGCGGAACACGAGCAACGAUACCUACACCACACGCUCGCGGACCCAACUAGGUUAGACGUCUUCAGUGAAAUUGCUGCAAAGGUCACGACUGCACAGGCGAAGCUCGACGAUGCGAACACAGCCCCAGAGAUGGUGGAUUGGGUUCUCGGCGAAGCUAAACGGCGUAGUCGACCUGUUUAUAUCGAGCUUCCUAGCGACCUUGUUGGAGUAGAAGUUGACGCUGCUCGGCUUGGAGACGAUCUACAGGUUCCCGAAGUUGGCACGAGACACGCUACGAAAGAACAAGCUCACAUCCUAUUGAACCGUUUGAUGUCUGCGAAGCAGCCGCUGUUAUUAGUGGAUCGCGGGAUGGGGAUGCAAGGGUUUCGAGCGGAGAUCAACAACUUCAUCCGGGAGUCCGGCAUCCCGACGCUCAGUCUACCUUCCGGGGCCGGCAUGGUGGACAACGACAUUCCGAAUUAUUAUGGUGUACAUUCUGGACCUGUAGGAGCAGUUGACACGCUACCCUACUUGGCGACGGCCGAUGUUGUGCUGGCUUUGGGUCCUAUGUUCUCCGACACCCAAACAUUGGGCUGGCAGGUUCUUCAGGAGCCAGCGAAAACCAUCGUCCUCGGAAAAGACAACAUUGAUGGAGUGACCGUCGAUACCAGAGCUGUUUUGACCAACAUCUGUGGUAGCCUUCGUCAAGAAGGACUUAGAAUACCGGGAGCGGAGAACGAAAAGGUACAGCUUCUCGGCGACUGGCGCAAAGUGUCAAAGCCCUUAGAAGAACGGGAAGACAGCCCGAUCACACAGACAGGACUCUAUCGACGGCUCAACAGAUACCUGCAGCCCUACGAUACGCUCAUCCUCGGAAACGCAACUCCCAUCAUCGGCGGCCGUGACAUGGUCUUGCCCUAUGGUGCGCGUGCAGUAUCGUCGGGCAUGUGGUUCUCCAUCGGCCACAUGCUGCCUGCGGCACUGGGCAUCAGUCUUGGAUAUCGCGACAGGGCAAAGCAGGGACAGACCAUCUUGAUUGAUGGAGACGGCAACAUACAAAUGACGGUGCAGGAGAUCAGUACCAUAGUCCGAGAACGGCUGGACAUUACAAUCUUCGUCAUACAGAACCAGGGAUACGCCUAUGAACGACUCAUCCACGGAUUGGAUGAGCCCUACAACGACCUGGCGCCGUGGCGGUAUCUUGACGCGCCUAGGUUCUUCGGGGCGCCGGAGGAUUACCCUGUGCAGUGUCGUCGGAUUGAGACAUGGAGCGAGCUGGAUAAACUCCUGGACACGGACAGUUUCCGUGCCUCAAAGGGAUUGAAGCUCGUUGAGCUGGUACUGGGCAAGUAUGAUGUGCCGGAGAAGUUUAGGCAAGUCUUCAAGAGUGCCGGAGAAAAUCUUGGAUGA